GAUUAAAGGGCAAAGAAAAUCGCCCAAUGAAUGUCUUUUCAUUUAGUCGGGUCUUUCUUGUUUACACGAAGCUUUCAGCUUAGACUUAAAAUAGUUCCCUUUAUCAAUUAACGUGCAGCAAAAGUAAGUAUCGUCUCCGAGAUUUGACAGCUGGAGGUGACAGAAAACACCAUUGUUGAACUGUACUGCCUGUGCAAAACAAUACGCGGAGAAGACUGCUGAAAUUAAAAAGGGUGAAGUGUCUUCAAGGUGGUGGCAAAAAGAAACAUUGCCUGGGAAACAAAAAGUAUUUGUUGUCUACAGCAUGGAUUUUAGGGUGUGAGAGUCAUAAAGAGCAAAAAAAAAAAAUGCCAUACAGCAACAGAGAACUGGUGAAAGAUUUUAUAAGCUACAAACUGUCCCAAAAGAACUUGGAGUGGAACCAAGUUAAUGGGGAUGGUAGAACUGGUAGUGCUGGGGUCCUGGAUCCAGACACUGAAAGGGAUGGGGGCCACGUCAACGGAUCCAUAAACGGGACGGACAAUGGGAGCAGCCCGGUCGGGAUCGAGGCAGUGAAGGAGGCCUUGCGAGAUUCAGGGGACGAGUUUGAGCUGAGGUACCGUCGGGCGUUCAGCGACCUCUCCUCCCAGCUGCACAUCACCCCGGUCACAGCCUACCAGAGCUUCGAGCAGGUGGUGAACGAACUCUUCCGGGACGGGGUCAACUGGGGGCGUGUGGUGGCGCUUUUCGCUUUCGGCGGGGCCCUGUGUGUGGAGAGCGUGGAGAAGGAAAUGGGGUCACUGGUGGGGCGGAUAGCAGACUGGAUGACCACCUACCUGGACAACAACAUAGAGCCCUGGAUAGAGAGGCAAGGAGGCUGGGUGAGUGGGCAGCUGUGCAAUGGGUACAAAUAUUCAGCUGGGGAUAGGGGGUUCGAAAUCAUUGAUAUUCCUCUGCAGAAGGGAGAAUCAGGACAAAUUAACUAGGCAUAUUGAAAAAAACUGCAAUAUUUUUUCGAAGAGUAAUCAGAAUACUGGUUCUAGCGAACGUGAAAUUCAGACUUUUUCUCUUGCUGGGUAAUUGCACCCUCUGCAUAGUAGUUUUACCAUGAGGUUAUUUGGACACACCCAAGCUCAC